AUGGCGUCCUUUGCACCCCUUGCCGGCUUUCAGCUGCCGUUGCGGCCCCGUCUGAGUGCCCUCUACGACGUCACCAAGAAAUCCGCCGACUUUGUCGGCAUUCCCCUCCUGGGCCAGGACCACAACCCCGACGUAAAAGACUUGCAACGCAAGCUGCGCAUCCAGAGGGACCGCUUCUCCAGCUGGGGCCUCGAGUGGUCCGAUUCGAACCAGGCGUCGGAGAUGGAGGAAUCCCUCUCCAGGGCCGGCCUGAGCGAGGUCGUCGGCAGCAUCCUGUCCACCAUCAAGGACAUCCACGCCGAGGUGGAGCCCAUGUGGCUGAGGCUCAAGGCCGCGAGCGAAGGCUCGCCCCGCGAGAAGUCGUCGCUCGUGAGCUGGGAUAAGGCUCGCUUCGAGGAUCUCGUUCGUGACCUCACCUCGUGCAUCGACACCCUCUUCGACCUCUCGCGCGCCCGGUCCGGCGUCGUGCCGCGACGCACGUGCAAGACGGCCUACGUGACGCCCGAGCAUGAGCUUCGUCCCUUCGAGUCGACCCGCAUGCAGGCGCCCCAGCAGAUUGACCCCAAAACCCUCACUCACCUGCCGCCUGCGAUGGAGGGGACCCCGCCUGCGAUGGAGAGGACCGUCGCCUUCAUGAGCAGGACGGCCUACGCGGAGCUCAACCCAGAGGCCACCAACGGACCCAUCGCCCCGCUUCUCCUCGAGUAUGCCGCCUUUGACCCCAUCUUCGCGACGACGGGCAUCAUGCCUCCCAUGGCCCUCUUCGAGAAGCUCUUCGCCGGCCUCCUUCAGGACUCGCAGCGUCCCCCGGCCGCUUGGACCGGCCUGCCCCGUCUGCUCGGUUACUUUGAGGAUCUGGAAAACGCAAGGCUCGGCCUCGUCUAUCGAUUCCCCACGUCGUUUGAUCCCGUCUCGGUCGACGAAGCGACGCAGAAGCCCGCGUUCAACCUGCCGACGCUGCGUCAACUCCUCUCCGCCGGCGGCCCCGAGCCUCCGUUGGAAGCCAAGUUUCGCCUUGCCCACAACCUGGCCAACACGGUAUUCGACAUGCACGCCAGAUGCAUCACCCACGGCAACUUGACGGAUGCGAGCAUAUGCUUCGCCAAGGCCACGCGUGGCUUCGCUUCUUCGCCGCGCGCCGUCGACAUCAGACGGCCUCUGGUGUCCUCCUUUGACCUCUUCACCCCACCCGUCGUGCCGCUCGACUUGUCCUCUUGGCAUCAUCCGUUGGAUCCGCAAGAGGCAAAGCCAUUCCCCGUACCGGCUUUGACGGAUCGGCGCGUCCUGGAGUUGCAUGCCUUGGCCGUGCUCCUGUUGUCCAUUGGUCUGUGGACGAAGCACGAUGUCAUCGCCGCCCAGAUGGCAUCGGCACCACCCUCAGAGUCGCUGCUGGACGAGCUUGCCGUCCGAUGCGGCAGCUUGUACAGGAAGGCCGUGGAAGUCUGCUGGCGGGGAGCGGACGAAGAAGCGUCCGGGAACAUCACCGGCGUUUCACUUCUUUCCUCGGUCCAAGAUCGCGUAACCCGCUACCUCGAGACGUGCUGCAUUCUCGACGGCGUCAUCGGGCAGGAGGAGCGGCUCGCCCCCAAGCUCCAGCCCCAUGACAGCCAGCAGCUUGGCUCGAAGGUGCCAGAGGGAGGCUUGAGCGAUGCGAAGACGUCGACGCCGGAGCGCGACGCGAGCGAUGCAAAGGCGUCGACGCCCGAGUCGCGCCGCAAAAAAGAGGCCACGAGGGAGGCGGAGGCCAUGGGUAAGGCGGCCGCCGCCGUGGGUACGAUCGACCCGCUCGCCCCCGUCGUGUGCACGAUGCGCGCUAACGCACUGGCAGACACGACGACGGCGGCGGUGCCCAAGAUGAGACUCUAUCCUCACGUUCCGCUCGCACCCGACGACGUCGAAAAGUGGAACAAGAUCCUGAUGCCCCAGAUUAACCAGGCACUUCGCCACUUCUAUCGCAAGCACGCCGAAUCCGUCGAGAUUUCCCUCGAGUCCGUGGGCACGAGCCCAAGCAGGACGCGGCCGACGGUCCUGGUCGUCUGCGCCUCGGUCGGCAAGGUCCGUGCCAUUUUGAAGAAGCAGCUCGGCUGCCUGUUCGACGGCACCACCGGAUUCGCGCUCAAGGUGUGCAGGGGGUGCGUUGUUCGAUCGCGCAAGCAGUCGGCCACGGCAACGGCGGACGCCGAGGGCGACGACAACGCGGUGGAAGCCGCCAACACGGACAGGCAGCGGCGCGUGCACAACGGAGCGAGCAUCGGCGCCUGGACCGGCAAGCGUCAUCUUCCUCCCGUCAGCUACGGCGGUCUGAUACUCGUCGACGGAGUCCAGUUCGGCAUGACGGUGCACCAUAUGCUCGACGACCCAGAGCUCGACGACGACGAGCAACAGGCCAUCCGCAGCAUGAAGGCCGACGCGCACGCACAGGGCAAGGGGGCCGAGGACGAUGAAUAUUGCCUGUCCGACACCGAGUCGGAGGCUAGCUUCGCGGAAUCCGACGACGUGGCAAGCGACGACGGCGACGAGGACGACGCGAGAUACUUUGCCGCCGGCGACAUUCCGGGGCUCGAUCCCGGUCUGCUUGACGAGCCCUACGUCGUCACGCAGCCUGCCCUGGACGACGUGAGGGAGAACUUUUACCCCGUCGAGGAGGAUAAGGAUGACGAGCACCUCUGCUCCAUGGGUCUCGGGGAGGUGUACGCCUCGAGCGGCAUCCGCCGCCGGUUGGCCCACGGCCUCGUCCACGAGGUGGAUUGGGCCUUAUUUGAAUUCACGGAUUCGCGGCCGCCGGGCGACAACGAGAUGCCCCGAGCGUGCGGAAGCGGCGACGGACGUUUGAAGCCGGCCGACGGCAAGGCGGACGCGCCCGUUCUACGACCGACCAGCGUCGUCCCUUCGUCCUCCCUUCCCGGCAUGGCCGUGCAGUGCAUGGCGCGGACGAGCGGGCUUCGGACGGGCCAGAUCCUGCCGGCGUUGACGAGCGUCAAGAUUUACGGGCGCCAGACGCCGAGCCACACGUACCAAGUCACGAGCCAAGCGUCGGGAACGGAGCGGAGCGACGGCGAGGGUGGCGCGCCCAUCGGCACGCCCGGCGACAGCGGCGCAUGGAUCGUCAAUCGCCACGACGGACGGCUGUGCGGCCACGUGCUGGCAUGGAGCCAGAGGAAGCGAGUGGCCUACAUCUGCCCCAUGGACGUCCUCCUGCUCGACGUUGCCGAGACGGUCAAGGCAAAGGAGAUUCGGCUGCCGGGCGGCGCUCCGGUCCCCUGCUGCGGCGACGAGCCGGUGGGCCGGACGGCGGCGGCGGACGAUGAGGCGGCACCGUCGACGAACGUGGACGAGGCAGCGUGGUACGGAGAGGUUUCGCCCUUUGUCUUUGGUCGGCUCGAGGACUCUAGCUUUGGCAGGAGCUGUAGGAUCGGCCUCCACUGA